AGCAAUUGGCUCUUCAGACUGAGCUAAUCAAUACCUACAAAGCUAAGAAGGAUUCGAUUGAAAAUGAAAAGGAUAAGAAAAUACUAACACUUGAAUCUCUAAUAAAAGAAAAAGAUCUUAAAAUAUCGGAUCUUGAAGUAAAAAACACUGCAAACUCUGCGAAGAUAAAUGAUGUGCAAUCGAAGCUAGCAGAAUAUUUGAAAAUGGUAGAACAAUCUAGCUGUAAGUCGAACACAUCUAUAAUUAAGUUGCCUCACGUGGAGCCAUUCCCCGUGUCCUGCGACUACAAAAUAGCCGGACCCGGGUGGACCGUAAUUCAGCGUCGGAUUGGUGGAACUGAAGACUUUUACCGAAACUGGGAGGAAUACAAGACAGGCUUUGGCGACUUGCAAUAUGAUUAUUUCAUGGGAUUAGAGAAGAUUCAUCUACUUACGCAAUCGCAGCCGCAUGAGUUGUAUAUUCAGUUAGAGGACUUUAAUAAUGAAACCCGUAAUGCUCGAUACACACAUUUUCUUAUUGGAAGCGAGGAAGAAUCUUACAAGCUAAUAAAGCUUGGUAAUUUUUCAGGAAAUAGUGGAGAUGCCUUUACGCAGCAUUUAAAUAUGAAAUUUUCAACAAAAGAUCGCCUUAACGAUAAAGGUAACUGUGUGGCAAAAUAUGAGUCUGGAUGGUGGUUUCAAAAUUGCAGUUUCUGUAAUCUAAAUGGACGAUACACAUCCGAAGAUGUUGGAAAAAAUGGAAAGAAAAUAUCUUGGAAUCACUGGCAUUACAAGCCACUCAAGUUCACACAAAUGAUGAUAAGUCCAAAAUCUGACAACUAAACACUUUGAUAUAUGUAAUAAAUUCAAUUUAUAAUUUUAAUUA